GACUCUUGUUGUUAAUCGGCAGCAGUCCGUAGAAUACCUCUGCCUGAACGAGAGACACAGAGAGAGACUAAAAGAGAGAGAAAAGCUAUCAAGAAUGGAUAUUAAUACCGCUUUACCAGACUCCUUGGUAGUCCUUAGAGAUGGGAUUACAGUUUAUUCACGGCUUAAGCCUGCUCUGAGUUGUUCUAGCGAACGUCAACACGCAACAUGUUACUCUGCUGCCCCCUUUUGGCCAGGAGCACUAACUACACCAUUUGCGACUUGAGGACACCUUUUUUUUGUUGAUGUGGCUUCCAUAGCAACCAUCUUCCGGUUACCUGUUGCAGGCUAGACCAACAUCGACGAGAGGGUACCAGGAAAAGAACUCCAUGCAACAAACAUGAACAGCCCUUUCUCAAGAGACGUCCAGGUGAAGGGCAUGGAACAGACGGUGAACCACGCGGAGAAGUACCUGGGCCACUUCUGCAUCCUGCUGGCCUCCUACACCCGCAAGACAGCCAAGCUGAGGGACAAGGCCGACCUGCUGGUCACACAGCUCUUUGAGUUCUCCAGCACAGAGGACCCAGAGUUCCAGAUCGGCUUCAAGAACCUGGCCGAGGACCUGGCCAUGGUGCAGGACUAUCGGCAAGCCCAGGUCGAGAGGUUGGAGACGAGAGUGGUCUCCCCACUGAAGGGCUAUGGGGACAUCAUCAAAACGAAGAGGGCUGAGCUGAAGAAGUUCAGCGCCGAUCGCAACAGAGAGCUAAAGGAGAUUCAGAAACUGGAGAAAAUACGGCUGAGGAACCCAGCGGAUAGGCAGAGCAUUUCACAGGCAGAGGUGAAUGCGCAGAAGGCCUCGAACAACGCCCAGCGCAGCACCCGGCAGCUCGAAGACACCAUCACAGACUUCCAGAGGCAGAAGCUGGAGGACCUCAAGAGGGUCUUCACUGACUUCGUCACGGUGGAGAUGCUGUUCCACUCCAAGGCGCUGGAGGUCUACGCGCACACCCUGCAGAACCUGGAGACCAUGGACGUGUACAAGGACCUGGAGCUGUUCAACGGAAGGUUCCGGAUGUCGGACGCCAUGUCCGGGCCUCUGGACGCCAUGCUGACCCACCGAUCCACGUCCUCCAUGAGCCCCGCUGCCAGCCCCACCAGGACGGCCUCCAUGGCCAAGAGUCUUAGUCCCAGCCUGGCCUCCACCAACAACCACAGCUUCCUGGCGUCCACCAGGCGUCAGAAAGGAAUGGAGGAGGAGGAAGAGGACGAGGUCGAGGAGGAAGAGGAGGAGGAGGAAGAUGACGAAGAACCAGAGCAAUCUUACUCAUCUCAGUACGUCCAGAGUCGUCGACAGUUUAGAUAACAGGACUCACAGUCAAACAUGGAGGCGAAAUGACGGAUGGACACAGGCAGUAUAUGUUGCAUUAGGUUUCAUAGUUCAGGCUUUGUUGGCAAGCUCUGGAGAUCAGCCAUAAGUCUUGCAAUGGAACCGUAUGUUAUGAUCACAUUCAUUCUCUAAACUGCAUGGAUUUAUGAAUCACAGAGAAAAACCAUUGUAAAAUAAAACUGAAUUGUGGCCAAAAUGUUUUUGAAACAAUAUAAACUACUGUUUUCUCCCUGUUUAAAUGCAACAGCUGCUUCUCAUGAAUAAAAUGUUAUUAUGUUGUAGCUAGCCAGGCUGUAAAAUGUAAAAGUAGAAUGAACACAUCCUGGUGUUUGCAAUAAAUCGGAGUAAAAACCUC